AUGCUUCUUGUCACAAUAGGAGUUUUGGCCCUCCAGGGCGGCUUCAUCGAGCACAUUAAUCUUGUUCGCAAGGCUGCUGAGCAGUUGAACUUGAAUGUGAGGGCUGUCGAGGUACGAACGGCAGAAGAGCUGGCGCGAUGCGAUGGCCUCAUCAUCCCUGGCGGCGAGAGCACUACCAUUUCUUUCGUUGCUGCUCAGUCUGGCCUGCUUGAACCCUUGAGAGACUUUGUCAAGGUGCAAAAGAAGCCCGUCUGGGGCACCUGCGCCGGACUCAUCCUCCUCUCCGAUGAGGCCAACGCCACCAAGCAAGGAGGGCAAGAACUAAUAGGUGGCUUAGCCGUCCGCGUCCAUCGAAAUCAUUUCGGUCGCCAGAUUGAAAGCUUCGAGUCUGAUCUGAACCUGCCCUUUCUCGGGGAAGGAAGCCGCCCAUUCCCUGGAAUUUUUAUCCGCGCCCCCGUCGUGGAGGAGAUUCUCUCGGCAUCUGGGACAGAUGUCCAGGCGCUCGCAAAGCUAUCAGGCCGACUAGAUAAGAUGAAGGCUGGUGUUUCUCAAGCAAAUACCAAGGAUGAUUCGGGGGAUAUUAUUGCUGUCAGGCAGGGAAAUAUCCUGGGAACCAGUUUUCAUCCGGAACUGACCAGUGAUGCCCGCAUUCAUGCCUGGUGGCUGAAGAGCAUUGUGGGAUGA